GAUGACUUAUUUCGCUAGUGAUAAGUAUAUUGGUGAAAAAACUGAAUUAAAAUCGUUUUAAAACUUGUUGAGCUGCAAAUUGAGUGACAGGAACUGCAUUUGAAGCAACGCUUCUAGAUAAAAAUUUGUUUUAUUUUGGCACUUUCUGCUGGAAAUCAUACUUCCAACGCUUCCAACUGACAGUUUUUAUUUCAACCGAGCUGUUAUCUCCGCUACGCUCAAAACACAAAAACAGCCACGAUGAAAACUGUCAGUGCUCUUAAAGCGACUCUCCAGCUUUAAUAAGUGAGUUACCGCUGAUUUUAACGCGACAUUAUGCUCGUUUGGAGACCGGGAGCUGUCGCCUUUCAGACACACAGGCGGCCGUUCAGCCGUUAAGUCGCUGGUAAUGUGUUUAUCCGCCGCAUAUGUGUGGUUUUUACUCACUAACGGACGAGUCGUGAUGAACGCAGAGGCCUCUCGGCACUUCUGAGUAUGUCCACCGCAUGACAGCGUGUUAUCUUCGUUGAAAAGAGCAGUUUGCCAGCCGAAGUUGCAGCCAUGGCUUCCGCACUGAGUAGCUUCAGCGGUCCGGAGGUGCUGGAGGACGUGAAUCACGCCCGGGGUUUGAUGAACGAGCUGAAGCUGCUGUACGACUGCCGGCUGCUGGGAGACGUGACCAUCGGGGUGGAGAGUGAAGAGGAAGAGGAGUCCCUGGAGCCCAACGGAACCGGAGCAGGAGGCGAUCAACUUUUCCUGUGCAGCCGCAACGUCCUCGCCGCCGCUAGCCCGUACUUCAAAAGCAUGUUCACCGGGGGGCUGAACGAGAGUGUCCAGGAGAGGGUGGUCAUCCGCGGCGUGGACUCCGAGUCCAUGGCGGUUAUCAUCGAUUACUGCUACACCGGCAGGGUGACUAUCACGGAGGGCAACGUCCAGAGGCUGUACGCUGCAGCCAACAUGCUCCAGCUGGAGUACAUCAGGAAAGCCUGCUCCAGUUUCAUGACCAGGAGGCUGGAUCUCUCCAACUGCGUGGGCAUCCUGAAGUUUGCAGACACCUAUGACAAUCCUGAGCUGAAGGAGAACGCACAGGCUUUCAUAGCCAGGAACUUCAGCCAGGUGUGCAGCGGAGGGGAGCUGUGUGAGCUGGACCUGGUGCAGCUGAAGGAGCUGCUGUCUCUGGAUGCUCUGGACGUGGACUGUGAGAAGAAGGUGUGCUCUGCUGCCUUACAGUGGAUAGAGGCGAACGCGCUGCAGAAAAAAGAGGAUGCACUGCAGGCUCUGAAAUGUGUGCGCUGGAACCUGUUCACAGAGAAGGACAAGUGUUACCUAGAGAGCCUCAUGGUGAGACCUUUGACUGAGAAAUACCUGGCGUCGUUUUUUAACCGGUCUGCGGAGGACGGCUGUGGAAUGUGUCCAACGCUGGAAGUACCAAAGCACAGGAUAGGAGUUAGCGCAAAGGAAAUGAUUCUCUUCUUCGGGCUUCCCAACGACAACAUAAUGUGCUGCGAUCCUUACUCGGAGGAUCUGUAUUUCAUGGCGCCUCCUUUGGAAGAUCUCAGCAGUCAGGAUUACAAACGCUCCACCAUGGAGUCAUUAAUUGCCUGCGCCACACCUGAAAACAACCUGUACCUUGCCUCACACCUCUCCAAACACUUCUGGCUCUACAACCCGGUGCUGAACAGCUGGCAGGAGUUGGCAGAGAGGCCGCUGGGGAGGAUUCACUCUGGGAUGGGCUACCUGAACGGCCACGUCUACCUUCUGGGAGGAAGAAACCCAGUGACGGACGCCAGACUGAAGGAGGUGGAGUGUUACAGCGUGCAGAGGAAUCAGUGGACGUUUGUGGCUCCUCUGCCUCACUCUCUGGGUAAAAUGCAGGUGGUGGCGCUGAACGACCACCUGUACGUGGUGAACAAAAGGAGAAUGCUUUGCUAUGACCCCAAGAGGAACCGCUGGCGCCACUGUGGCUCGCUCAGAAGGGACAAGCUUCACAAGGCCUGUGUUUAUCAGGACCAGAUCAUCUGUGUGUGCGACAUCCCCGUGGUGAAGGCCUACAGCCCCACCAGGGGGGAAUGGAAGAGGCUGGGGGACAUUCCCAUAGACAGCCGGGCUCUGAACUACCAGGUGAUCCAGCACAACAACAAGCUCCUUCUCCUCACGCAGACGCUACUGCAGCACAACAAGAACCGAGUCCUCAUCCAUGAGUACGACCCGGCUAGAGACACGUGGAAGAACGUCAUGGCGGUGUACGUGUCCACUCUGGGGCCCGUGUGUGUUUCAACACGCGUGUACCCAGCGUGCCUCGGCUCUGCUCACAGCUUCUCCACAGAGGAGGAUGAUGACAGUGGCUCCAGCGCCGACUGGGACUUUGACGGGCUGACGGAUGCAGACUCAGACUCUGGUAGCUCCAGCUCCUUCUCAGAUGAGAACUGGUAGCGAAACACAUUACUGUGUCAAAGAAAAGUUUAACUUAUUAAUAAUGAAAUGGAUUCUUACAGGGUGGUGACGGUGUUGGUUCAGUAUUAAAGCAGUCGCCUACAUUAAAAGCACAAGCUGAUCACGCGGACCUCUUUACAGGUUUAAUUUGUAUUUCUUCACAAGUUUGGAUAAUGAUUGUUUGCCAGGGAAGAGGAGAAUCAGUUGAGUUGGUUGCAGUGAUUCUUUAUAAAGUUUUUUGACACAGUGAGUACAAAUGCAAAGGCUUUGUUCUUCAAGGACAUGGAGUUAACAUGGACCCAUGUUUACACCAUCACUCAAGAGGAAAAUUAAAAGGUUUCCCUAUAGACUGGAGGAUCUGUCUUCAUUAUGUAGCCCGUUGUUCAGGCAGCUACAGAGAUGCAAUUAGAAGAGCUCACAAGAGGCGGAUUAAAGAGGCCAUGUUACGCUUUCUCGGCUUUCUGUUCUUUUAAUGUGUUUUGUGCAGAUCGUCAAACUUUUAAAUCCCAAAGUCCACACCAGAGGGCGCCAUCAUCUCCCACAGAAAACACUGCUCCUCAGCUGUCUGAAGUCCAGGUUCUCUUAUGGAUGUCACAGUGUAACUUGGCGUAACAGCUGCCUAUUGGCUAGUUUGGUACGCCCUCAGAGAAAGAAUGAGUGGCUUCCUCUUGUCCGCGCCCCCCCCCUUACAUACUGCCUGUGUUGUCUCGCUUUGGUCAGGACAGCUGAUAAAUCAGAGCAAACUGGGCUUUUUUUAGAAUUAAAGAAACCUGAGCCAAACAUGGGCGUUUCAGACAGCGAUUGAGGAAAAGGUGCUGCAAUAAUGUAAAUUUGGAGAAAAAUAAUGUGCUUUUAAACAUGAUCAAACCUGUAAAUGAGCAUGAUAUGGGCUCUUUAACAAAGAAUGGUCAAAGUUUUGUCCUUAGGCCGUGUUUAGUAAAAACACUAGAUCCUACACUUCCAAUAACGCCGUGGUUUCCAAACUGAACAGAAGUCUGAUGCUAGAACUGCUCCAACCUACCCUUAAAAACCAGUAACAGCAGAGCGACUCUCGUACCACAUCCCUCCAGAUAAUGCAACCGAGCGUCAGCUGAGUAGAUUAAAAAAAAAAAACCUAAGAAAAUGUGUUUGAUUCUAGCAGCGUCAUUACACUGACAGCUUGUCAAACACGCACGUCACUAAUGAGACAUUUAACUGCUGCAUUGCUUUAAUAGCUGCCUGAACUGAGACAUCGUCAGUGUUUUUACUUCCACCUGCGCUUGCUUUGAAAAGUUAAACAUCGGCUGUGAAAAGGUCUGUGGCUAACAAGAAAACACAUCAGUCAAAUACAAAAUACAAAAAUGGCCGAGGGUUAAUUGUCUCUUGUGUGUAACGCCUAAAUUUGACGUGACAGAAAUGGUUUGGGAACCACUGCCGUAAAGCUUUCAUAAGAUGUCUCCUGCUUCUAGAUUGUAAAGCAGGUUGUUAGAAAGUCGUACAUUCCAAAUCCAAGCUGAGAUACUUCAGUGUUUUGUUUUUGCUUUUUUGACUUGACAAAGCUCCUCCCAGCCCCAGAGAAGACACUACACUUAGAGCAAUUUGCACAUGCCGAGUAUUACUCCCCCUGACUCGUAAAUUAAAAUAUUAAAUAGGCGGAGGGCCCUUUAAUGCUUUAACUGUGAUGUGUUCCAUCAGGGGUGUCAAACUCGUUUUAGUUUAGAUUCCACAUUCAGCCCAAUUUGAUCUCAAGCGGGCUGCACCAGUUAAAUUACAGCGUAAAAACUCAUCAAUAACCACAACUCCAAAUCUUUCCUUUGUUUUGGAAACUGAAUGAUGUAGUAUUUUACUUUAUGAUCGACUUCACAAAAUAUUAUCAAAAUGAGACACAAAGUGACAAAAAAAUGAGAUGAUUGACAUGGAACGAAGCACAAACAGACACAAAUAUCAGACAAAAAAGUUACAAAGUGACAAAAACCAAGACAAACGACACAAGCAAGACAGAAAAACGACACAAAAAGACAAAAACUAUACUCAAAACAAUGAAUAUAGCAAAACAAAAAAGAAGUGAGACCAAAAGGAAACACAAAAUGACCAAAAAGAGAAACAAAACAACAAAAACAUAAGACAAAUGACAAGUCAGGUAAAAAAACAAAACAAAAAGAAGACAAAAUAUUACAAAAAUGAGACACAAAGUGAUAAAAAAAAUGGGACAGUUGACAUGAAAUGAGGACUGCACAGUGGGCUAGUGGUUAGCACUUUUGCCUUGCAGCAAGAAGAUCCCCGGUUCAAAUCCCAGCCUGGGCCUGGGAUCUUUCUGCAUGGAGUUUGCAUGUUCUCCCUGUGCAUGCGUGGGUUUUCUCCGACAGUCUAAAAAUAUGCUGAGGUUAAUUGGUUACUCUAAAUUACCCGUAGGUGUGAAUGUGAGUGUGAUUGUGUGUCUGUAUAUGUAGCCCUGUGACAGACUGGUGACCUGUCCAGGGUGUCCCCUGCCUUCACCCGAGUCAGCUGGGAUAGACUCCAGCACCCCCCAUGACCCUAGUGAGGAUAAAGCGGUGUAUAGAGAAUGGAUGGAUGACACGAAAUGAAGCAAAAAAAAGACACAAAUAUCAGACAAAAAAGUUACAAAGUGACAAAAAACAAGACAAAUGACACAAGCAAGACAAAAAAGGCACAAAAUGACAAAAACUAUACUCAAAACGAUGAAUGUUGCGAAACAAAAAACCCAAGGGAGACCAAAAGGAAACACAAAAUGACAAAAACAUGAGACAGACAAAGUCAGGUAAAAAAAUAGGACAAAAUAUUACAAAAAUUAGACAUAAAAUGACAAAAGAACAGUGAGCAAUCAAGUAUUUUACUUUGAUCAAAAAAACUUGUCAUGGUCUACAAAUUAAUUUAAAUUUAUAGUUUUACUAAUUUACAAUCUGCAGUUAAUGUCUUCUCUGUAAUUUUUACACUUUGAGGGCCGGAUUGGACCCUCUGGAGGACCGGUUUUGGCCCGCGGGCCUCAUGUUUGACACCCCUGUGUUACAUAAAUACUAGUUUGCGACUGAAAUAUUUGCUAAUGGCGCGUUGCUUAGCUUUGCCUGCUUAAGGUUGGCGUAAAAUCACGACUCGGAUGUUCGGGAUGUCGGGCAGCUCAAGUGCCUCCAGUUUAUGGCUUCAAACACAACUGGUCAUAAACGAGGCUUUCAAACGUAAACGGUCCUUUUCAUGAUGCACAUCGAGACGUCUCACACAGCCGGUGUCGUGAAAACUACCGUCUGAAAUCAAGAAGCCAACGUACUGUACGCUCACUCAGGUUUAGGCUUCAGCAAAAAGCCUGCUUGCCAUAAUUGAUGAUUUCUUUUUCUUUUUUUUUGGAUGUAGUGACAAAUAAUAGAUUUUAUGAGAUUUAUUUGAAGCUGUUGAGUGUAUGUAUGUUUUCUUACCUAUGAUGUUGUGUUCGGACAGUAAGUUCUGUGUUUUUUUCUUUGGUCCUGAUGAAUAAUUUUACUUGGAGGGUGAUUUUUCUGCAUGUCACGAAAACUGUUGAGAAGCCAUUGUCCUCACCAAGCACCCAGCGACACAUUUAUCAAUUUAUUUCCAGCCUCCAAAAUGACCAUAAAAUCGAAACAACAGAGAACCUUCAUCAUGGCUGUUAAAAAACAUAUUAAUUGAACCUGGAUGUGUCUAAUAAACUGGUAAAUGAGUGACUGGUGUGUCUCUGUGCGAUGGAUAGAAGAAGUGUUUGUGUGAGAGAAGGAAAGGCAGGAGGUUACUGGUUUAUGCAGGAUUAUAAAGCUGUUGUUGGUGUAUGUGUCAAAAUAAACAUCCGUGUCUGAUGCAGAAAUGCAA